AUGGCACUAGCGAUCAACGUUUCUUCUUCUUCUGCGAUCUCAUCCUCUAGCUUCCCUUCUUCAGACCUCAAAGUUUCAGCUCCACGGAUCGGUUCGCUGAAGUUAACGGAUCGUGUCAAUGUCUCAUCGGCGUCUAUGAGUCUAUCCGGGAAACGAUCAUCCGUGAAGCCUCUGAAUGUUCAGUCAAUUACAAAGGAAUCAACGUUUCCUUCUCAAGCACCAUCCAUGGUUGCUUCUGAGGUGACAGAGAAACAAGAUGUGGUGGAACUAGAAGACUUUGAGGAGCUAGCAAAGAGUCUAGAGACAGCUUCUCCUCUCGAAAUCAUGGACAAGGCUCUUGAGACAUUCGGAAACGACAUCGCAAUCGCCUUUAGUGGAGCAGAAGACGUUGCUCUCAUCGAGUACGCUCAUCUCACAGGAAGACCCUUUAGAGUCUUCAGCUUAGACACCGGGAGAUUGAAUCCCGAAACUUACAGACUCUUCGACACCGUGGAGAAACACUACGGUAUUAGAAUCGAGUACAUGUUUCCUGAUUCCGUUGAGGUUCAAGCUCUUGUAAGAAACAAGGGGUUGUUCUCUUUCUACGAAGACGGUCACCAAGAGUGUUGCCGUAUCAGGAAGGUGAGACCAUUGAGGCGUGCGUUGAAAGGUUUACGCGCUUGGAUUACUGGACAGAGGAAAGAUCAGUCACCAGGGACAAGAUCAGAGAUCCCUGUUGUUCAAGUUGAUCCAGUGUUUGAAGGGUUAGACGGUGGAGCUGGUAGCUUGGUGAAGUGGAAUCCAGUUGCGAAUGUGGAAGGGAGCGAUGUUUGGAACUUCUUGAGGACUAUGGAUGUUCCUGUGAACACUCUUCACGCUGCGGGGUAUGUUUCUAUAGGGUGUGAGCCGUGUACGAGAGCGGUUUUGCCGGGGCAGCACGAGAGAGAAGGGAGAUGGUGGUGGGAAGAUGCUAAGGCUAAAGAGUGUGGACUUCACAAAGGGAAUAUCAAGGAGAGUAGCAACGGAAACGCAGCGGCUAGUGUCAAUGGGACAUCCACUGUUGCUGAUAUUUUCAAAAGUGAGAAUGUUGUGAGCUUGAGUAGGCAAGGGAUUGAGAAUUUGAUGAAGUUGGAGAAUAGGAAAGAGGCUUGGAUCGUUGUGCUUUAUGCACCUUGGUGCCCGUUUUGUCAAGCCAUGGAAGGUUCUUUUGAUGAGUUGGCGGAUAAGUUGGGUGGUAGUGGCGUGAAGGUUGCUAAGUUUAGAGCUGAUGGUGACCAAAAGGAGUUUGCUAAAAGUGAGUUGCAGCUUGGGAGCUUCCCGACGAUACUUGUGUUCCCAAAGAACUCUUCAAGACCAAUCAAGUAUCCAUCUGAGAAGAGAGAUGUUGAUUCUUUGACAUCGUUCCUAAAUCUUGUUAGGUAA